AAUAUUAUUUUAAAAUGGAAAAAAAAAAUAGAAAUAAUCUCCUUGAAUUGAAUUCCCUUCAGAAUCCAACAUCUAAGCUGGGGGCAAUGCCUUCAUCAAUCAUUGAGCCUGCAAUAUUGUCUCAAAACAACCCCAAAACCAAAAGCCCCAAUGCCACCACAAAACCAGCCCUGAAGCUUGUAGCAGAGCUCGUGGGAGCAAUGGCAGGAGCCUCAAAUUCAACAGGAGAAGGUGCGGGAGAGAUGGCAGUGUACCUGUGCCUUGGAGUCAAAACAACCACAAUCAAUUUCUGCCCUUGCUCGCAGUGUCCCUUCGCUCCACUAAUGAAAUAGAAUGGUCCCGGUCGCUCCAGCUUCACCUUGGUGUCCCCAUCUUUGUACUCUGCAACUGGAUCUGUAAUAUUGCAGCUCUGGUAAGCCUCCUUUGUCACUUGCAGCACCGAGUCCUUCCCACCAUCAUAUUUCC